GUCAACACCGCUGGUCCUCCUAGCCUCGUCCUAGGUGGUACCACAAGCUUCGUUCAUCUGCAUCACUGAAUUCCAUCUCUCAAAGGGCUUUUCGAAGGUGAUGUGUGUGGGGACGUGCAGUCGAAUUUUAGGCCCAUGCCUCCUUACCUUGAGUCUGCUUUCCAUCACUGCCAACAUUUUCCUACUCUUUCCCAGCUGGGAAUGGCAGUACCUAACAAUGGGCCACAUCACGAAAAAUGCUUUGAUAGUACCAGGAGUGUGGGGAGGGGGACUGCUGGUACUCCCUGCUGCCAUUCACAUCACAGCUUUUGGAUGGAGAUGGAGCAGUGCCCGCAAUUCUGGAACUUGUCAAAACAUGUUUCUCUCCAUUGUAUUGUCAGCACUGGCUUUGCUGGGAUCAGCUGCUUGCUUUAUUUUGUCUGGUGUAGGUGUGACGGAGGGGCCCCUCUGUCUCUAUAAUUCCACUUAUAACCAAAGCAAGAUGCAGCAAUGGGAUUAUCCAUUUCUCGUAAUGGACACUCCACCCUUGAACAGCAGGACUCAGAAUUACUUGUAUGAUCCUUCCCUUUGGAAUUCUGUUUGCAUUGAGCCCCGCAAUGUGGUAGCCUGGAAUAUUUAUUUCUUCUUUGCCCUCCUAAUCAUCAGCAUGAUUGAGAUGGUCUUAGCUGCUCUUCAGAUCAUCAAUGGCUUUUUUGGAUGUAUCUGUGGCUUUUGUGACAAGAAAUAGGUUUGAUCUGGUUCUUGUGUUGUCCGUGAAGAAAAGAAGUGGUGCUUGCCAGGCAGUAAUCAGCCACCACUCACCCUUCAGUGGAAGAUAUGACGUCGUUUCCACAGGAACAUAUAAGUCAGCCACAGAAGGUAACCACUGCCACCAACAUCGCACUGUGGCAUAGAGUUAGGCAGGGGAUGGAAUCCUUAAGUUAUGAUGAGUUGAACCCUGACAUUCUGAUCAACUAAAUGCAGAAUCUUCUUCUAAUUAAAGAUCCUCUGAGGAGUAAUAGGAUACAAGUUAAAUGCUUUUAGAAUUAACAAUGUUUUAAUGCUUAUUUAUUUAUUUAUUUAUUUAAACAUACUCAAACCCCUUUGCAUGCACUUGGUUCUUGUGCCAAAAGGGCACUUCUUGGUGUUAUUUCUAACCUUUCACAUUCUUGCGUCAUAACAUCAAGGCACAAAGUACCUCUGGUACAGAAGAAAUGGAAAGGAGGAUUUAGCACCAGGUCCAGGUUGUAUCCGGCUGUCUACCUUUCAUGCAGCCCUUAAAUUUAGAAAGCCAGCGCUAGUGAGAUCAUGCAACUUAUGCACAAGCCCAUGCCAUGGUUUUGCAAGUGGAAAGAAGAGGUUUGAUACAUUGAUUUAAAGGGAGACUGAAGUUGCAUUCUUCAGAGCCAGAGAAGCCAAAAACACACAGAACUUUCUCAGUCAAGAAGUCAAGGAUGACCAGGCCUGAAGAGGAACAUCAUCUCUUUUCCUCGUGUGAGUGACACUUGAGUUAUGUUGAAAGGCUCCAGAAAAGGGACUGGCCCUCCUUAAUACUCUUCUAUUGUCAGAGACAAUGCAGGAUGAUAGAAAAAAUAGAAAUACUGAAAAAACAAGAUAUGGAACAGCAUGAUCUCCUCCAUUGGAAGGGCCAAGCAGAAUAUCUCUGGAAUUUUUCCUAGGAUAUUUAUACACAAAAUGCUGAUUUGAAGUAUGAUUGCAUUAAUGCAAAGCCAUGCCACCCAAAGUGAAUAUGUACACUCAUGUAUUUGCAUCACCUGUACACAUGCUGAAGAUUGCAAGGUAGCAACCAAGACAAAGUCCCUUUAAAUGACCUACUGAAGCAGGAAAGUUUGCUGCUAGCUCAAAACAUUAGUACUGCCAGCUCUUCCCCCACCAACCAAACACAAUAAUUUUCAGACCCAAUUGCUGAAGAUGAAGGGGAGAAAUCAUAUCCUUUCCAAGAGAGAGACUGUAAUUUUGAGAAGCAGAGUUGUGCUUCUUCCUCUGUGAUCUUCCAAGGCAUGCCAGAAAUUCCUCAAAUUACUGUUUUUGUUGCUGAUGUUGUUGUUGUAAUCCACUGUGAAAGCAGGGCUGAUGAAUGAA